GCAUUAGAAUAUAUAUAUAUUGUAGCAGUCAACUGGCUGCGCACGCUCCUGCCUAUUGCCACCUCUUCCUAUUUCGACCGAGAAUGUCGGUGAGAGAAACGAGCAUGUUUCCAACCGAAAAUUCCGAGUCAGCAUACAAUUGAACACAGACACACGAACACACACAGUGAUUUUCGUUCCAAAUAAAAUUCAAAUUCGAUUCAAUAACUUGUCGACAUCACGACAUAUUUUGGUGACCCGUCCUUACAUCGAAUUAUAAAAAAGUGUUUUUUUUUUUCAAGAUGGAUUCGAACAACGACAAUGCCAAUGACACAUUGAUGUCUGAAACUGGCGAGCAGGCAAACCAAGUCGACCCAGCACUGGUUGCAUCAUUGCUCCAAUCAAUGCAUUCGAUGAUGAUCGAAAUGAAAAAAGAUCGUGAUACACUGCAAGCCAUGGUCACUGACAUGAGAAACGAGCGCAGAUCACGACCAGCUACGAACAUCGAUAUGCCCCCAUUCAUUGAUACAGAUCCACGUGGAUGGCUCGAAGCGGUGUCAGCUUGUUUUAAUGCGGCACACGUCAACGAUGAAAAGGAUCAAUUUUUCAAAAUUGUAUCUCAAUUGCCGAAAACCAUUCGUGAUAAUCUUAAACACAAAUUGGAUCUCAUCGAUUACACCGAUGGUAAACUGGCCUCAUUAAAAGAUUUGAUCAUUCGUGAAUACGAACUUUCCGAAACAAUUCGUCGAGAUCGGAUCCUCAGUCGCAAAGACUUGGAAAAUCAAAAACCAUCUGUGGCCUGGUCAUGGUUGUUAAACAUGGGUAAAAACGUUUUCACAAUCGUACAACUUCUUGCCUUUUGGGAGAAGCUACUACCCAAGGACAUUGGAUUAUCGAUUCACCACGUCAUCGUUCCGAUUGAACGCCAACUAACUGAGAAUCCCAAUGAUCCACAAGUGUUACAAAGUAUUGCAGGUAUCGUACAUAUGGCUGAUUCACUGAUUGAAAAGUAUGGUACCACCACCAACAAUCAUCAGGUUUCUGCGAUCUCACGCUCUCGAACCGCAAGUACCAGCAACAACAACAACAACCCCAAUAGCAGAAACAUCCGCAAGCGCCAAGCGUUUCGAGAUGAUGGACCAUACUGCCGUAACCAUUUCUUAUAUGGUAAUCGAGCAAACAGAUGUGGCAGACCGCAAUCGUGCACAUUCUUAAGUCGAUCCAAUCGGUCAAACCAAUCAAACAAUCAAUCAAAUCGAUUCAACAAUCCACGUUCCAACACACAAAGUCGUAGUCAAUCACCAAAUCCAUCUCAACAACAACAACAGCCUUCAUCAACAACAACAACAGCAGCGAAUCAAACAAACUAGUUGAACCGAUUAGAAGUCCUAGAUCGGUUCCUAAUCAAAGGCAAUCAAUAAUCAGCGCCAUUCAUUCAAACAAUCAAUCAAAUUCAAAUAUCAAUAAUCACAACGAUGAUCAUCA